UUUUGUGGAUGCAUAUUAAAAACCUUUGGUCACAAAGAAAAAAUAUUACAACUAGCUUAGAAAUAAUAUUCAGUUCUGUUUAGUGUUUAACUGAGUACUAUACAGCCAUACAGAAUACAUAUACAAUGAUCAUCAUCAUUAUUUACUAUCUCCAUCUAGGUAUUGGUUCUCCGAAGGCCUAUUGAAGCUCUAGAUUCUCCAAAUUGUGCUAGUCAUGUGUGCUUUGACGAGGCUUAGUUAAAUGUUAAGUCUAUAUUUAGUAGGCCUCGAUGGGUCUUAGUUAAAUGGGUCGUGUCAGACCGACUUCUAUGUUACUACUGAUCCCUCUACUUGUCGCCUCGAAAAAAAAACUCAGUACAAAAAUGCUGUCCGAACGACUAGUUAUCCUCAGUGGCGGACUCAUUAUGGCGCAGUGUGGCUGGCGCCAUACCUAAACAUUUAAACCCCUUUUAUGUUUCUAUAUAGCAAUUAAUGCAUUGUUGUGUGGUGGUAACACCUUGGCUCUAGAUUGUUCAUUCGAUUCGAUUCCUGUAGUAAGCAGCGUAGGCUCCUUUUUUUCUCGUUUUAUUUUUAUGCUACGAUGAUUGGUUUCUCUGUUCUUGCCUUGUAACUAACCCUCUCAUAACUGACGCAUUCAGGCUCCGUCCAUCGUAUGGCAAUUGGGUCAGGGUCGCUGCAUGGCAGAUGGGCUGCGACAUGUGAUGUCAUGGAUCAAUGAUGGCCUAGCUGACCGCAGACCUGAUUUAUUUACGGUGUAUCAUUGUGGUUGUCUCCAUCAGUUUUAUCAGACAGUCAAAGAGGGGGGAGGCUUCUUUAAGAUCUUGAUGAGGCCGUCAUCAGAGUUUGCUGGCCCAGGACAGCCUGAUGUUCCUUUACUGUUCAAUUUCCGUGAUCUUUACUUUGUUGGAUUUGAAGUCAACCAGAAGUUCUUCCUUUUCAAAGAUGCACACGAUCAGCUCAAAGAUAGCAGGUACCUGGACCCCAUCUAUGCUGGCCAGUGGGAGUGGAGUGGAUACUCCUGCUCCUACUCCGGUGGUCAUUGGGCGGCGGAGAUUUCAGCCUAUACUCUCUGGUUGUCAUAUGACUGUUUGGUUAACUUUGUCAAGAGGCGUUCUGCUGGUGAGAACAAGUCGAUCAAUCUGAGCAUCUUCAGAAUCAUUACCACAAUUGCGGAGGCUAAAAGGUUCAAUCGUUGGCUUGGUCUACUCCUGGCAUAUUUCGAAAGUUGUGACCACUCCUCUUCAUACAAAAGGAAAAGGAAAGAGUACCAAGGCAUCUUUACUGUUGGAGAAACCAACAGCGCCAUCUUUCAGAACUGGCACAGGAUCUCAACCAACGUCUAUGGAGGAGAGAGCAAAUUUAAAGCUUGCGAUGGCUGCGAUACAUACCUCAUGUCGCUCGGUGUCCUCGCCGUCCUCCUCGGGAAGGCCCGGGACGACGUUCGUGCGGACGCCGAGAAGCCGGAGAACUGAUGUGCGCCUCACGCUGAAUUUAGGAGAAGGGUUUUUUUUUUAGAACUAGCUUGUGUCCUGUCUUGUGAAAACUUCUAGCACAUGCUUUUGCUUUUCCUUUUGAACUUGUUCAGUCGAUGCAAAAGCCAAACUUCCCCUGCUACCAAUGUUAAGGUGGUAUUAGCCCCCAUGCUUAGCAUGUUGCCGUGUUUUUUUAUUGAUCAACAGAUGCUGAUAUGCUAGUGGGAGGAAGCAUGCACGAUGAUGAGACAAAAGGAGUAUAAAUUAUGUUCUAGUGGACAAUGAACUACCGAAUUGUUUAGAGUGUGAUGUGAAUAAUAAGCUUAUGGUUUAUC